AUGGAUUACGACGUGAUUGCAAAUCAACCAGUUGUUAUUGACAAUGGUUCAGGGGUGAUAAAAGCGGGAUUUGCUGGCGAGCAACAGCCGAAGGUUCGAUUUGCAAACUUUGUCGGUCGCCCAAAAUACCAUCGUGUGAUGGCCGGCGGCCUGGAAGGCGAUAUUUUCAUAGGGCCCAAAGCUGAGGAAAAUCGUGGCCUGUUCUCUAUUGAAUAUCCAAUGGAGCACGGAAUUGUGAACAAUUGGAGUGAUAUGGAGAAGAUUUGGGAGUACAUUUACAGUCCCGAGCAAUUGCAAAUCUUCCCCGAAGAGCAUCCAGUCCUUCUUACCGAUGCCCCUUUGAAUCCGCUAAAAAAUCGCGAGAAAUCUGCCGAAAUCUUUUUUGAGACUUUCAAUGUACCAGCGUUGUACAUUCAAAUGCAAGCGGUUCUUUCGUUAUACGCAACCGGAAGAACAACCGGAGUUGUUCUUGAUUCCGGCGAUGGAGUGACUCAUGCAGUUCCGAUCGUGAAAGGAUUUGCAAUGAAACACGCGAUUCAAAGGAUGGAUCUUGCUGGUCGCGACGUCACAGAGUACCUUCGUGUACUCCUCCGUCGAGAAGGCUACGAGUUUCACAGAAGCAAUGAAUUUGAGAUUGUGCGCGAAAUCAAGCAGAACGCUUGCUAUCUCGCCGUUGAUCCAACAAAGGUCGAAAACAACGCCAGCAAAAUUUCGUACAAUCUUCCGGACAACACGAAAAUCGAAUUGUCGAACUCGCUUUUCCGAGCGCCAGAAGUGCUGUUCAAACCAGAUCUGAUUGGAACUGAAUGGCCUGGAAUGGCUCACCUGGUUAACAAUUCGAUAAUGAAAUGCGAUAUUGAUUUAAGGCAAACAUUGUAUAGCAAUAUUGUGUUGAGCGGUGGCUCAACAUUGUUCAAGGGAUUCGGAGAUAGAUUAUUGAGCGAAGUUCGAAAAAUCGCGCCAUCCGAUGGAAAAAUCAGAAUAUCCGCAUCACAAGAGCGUCUUUCUCUUACAUGGAUCGGUGGCUCGAUUGUGGCGAGUCUCGACACCUUCCGCAAAAUGUGGCUCGGCAAAAAGGAAUACGACGAUCUCGGCGCAUUCGCAAUCCACAAGCGAUUCUUCUAA